CUCCAUAACAUUUUCCCUGUUCAUAUAACGCAAUUUUUACUACAGUUGCAAUUCUCAAUCAUGACGACUGCUACCCUGCUCGCCCAAUGGUUCCCCAUCCACAAGCCUAAAGGGCCAACAUUCAAAAACACAACCACACGCUUUGACCGCAAUCUCGAAGAGACUCUCGACGUCCGGCGCUCUGAUAAAGCCGUCUUCACGAUGCACAGAAAUGAGCCCCAUCCAGAGUCUCUCGAUUUCAGCACACUCGACUUUCUACAUCUAAGCAAGUCGGGUCUCAUUCGAACAGCGUUCCUCCAGGAACUCGCCGCGAAUCCAGAUUUUGAGCUUAGUGCCGGCGGCUCAAGGCUUUUGAAUGGAAACAAUCCAUACACUGAGGCUGCAGAGAGACAAAUUGCGGAGUUCCACAAUGGAGAGACGGCACUGCUGUUCCAUUCUGGCUUCGAAGCAAAUGUGGCCAUAAUGGGAUCUGUUCCAAGGCCUGGAGACGCGAUACUGUACGACGAGUACAUUCAUGCUAGUACGCACGAAGGCAUGCAAAUCAGCAAAGCGAUUUACAAGAAGAGCUUCAAGCACAAUGACGUAGAAAGCUUCCGCGAGAAGCUCCUUGAGAUUAAAGAGACCGAGAAAAUCAUUCGAGACGGGAAGCGGUCCGUCAUUGUUGCGCUGGAAUCCAUGUACAGCAUGGAUGGCGACGUGAGUCCACUCAAGGAGCUAAUCCAAGUCGGUCAAGAAGUGUUCCCCGAUGGCAAUUGCCAGUUCCUUGUGGAUGAGGCGCAUACGACGGGUGUUUAUGGCAAUCAAGGUCGCGGAUAUGUGAAUCAAUUAGGGCUGGAAAAGGACGUCGCCAUUCGUAUGCACACGUAUGGCAAGGCGCUGGCCUGUACUGGAGCUGCCGUCGUCUGCUCCAACACUGUUCGUGAAACGCUCGUGAACAACGCGCGUUGUUUCAUUUACAGCACUGCCCCCUCGUUCCCAAUGAUUGCUGCAAUCCGCGGGGGGUACAAGUUGAUGCAGUCCGGUGAAACACAGGCUCUGCAAGACAAGAUACAACACGUCGUAAAGCACUUCGCUCAGACCAUCGAGUCGAACGACACGUACGAAGAAGCUGUUGAUGAGGGCAUUCUCUCAAUUCCUAACAUCGAGGGGUGGGAAUCCAAGCCUUUCGUCACCCACGUCGUGCCCGUCAUGACCCGGCAACGCUACACACUAUUCCUGUGCUAUCAUCUCCAACUGGCAGGCAUCAACUGCUUCCCGAUCGACUACCCCGUCGUUCCCAAAGGAUUCAGCCGCAUCAGGAUCGUGUUCCAUGCUGGUAACACAGACGAAGAAGUAGAGGCGUUAGCAAAUAGCAUCUGCGAAUGGGCGCAGGAGAUGCUCGACCUAGAAGCGAGUGGGAAGGGGGCCAAGGUGCCACGCGCUGCACGCCAGGUCCAUGCGGCCCAAGAAGCUGCCAUUGAGGCACGUUAACGGGUUUGGAAAGGCGUGAUUGGGCUAGAUGGUGGCGUCACUAUAUGGUCGUUGUCUGGGAGGUGGGUACAUAGUUGCAUAGAAAGUAGAUCCCAUCAAUCGCAUUCGUCCACAAGAUCCAAGGAUCCAACAUGUGUGGUAGGGACUGGCCUAGAAUUGAGCCCGAAAGAAAGCGAACUGAUGAUGAGGGGUGGCAACCCUGCGGGUCAGGUGCCUGCUAGUAUUAGAUCCUAGUAAACACCACGAAUACAUAGUCUUU